AUGGAAAUCAAAUCUACCUUCCUCAUCAUCAUUACUUCAUUCAUCCUCUUUUUGUUUUGGCUAACAAAGAAAAUCAAAGCAAGAAGUGCGAUCCAUAAAUUUCCACCAGGACCAUGGAAGCUUCCUCUAAUAGGAAACUUGCAUCAAUUAGCACUAGGAGGAUCACUUCCACACCACACACUUGGAAAACUCUCACACAAAUAUGGACCUCUUAUGCAUCUUCAGCUAGGUGAAAUCUCUGCAGUGAUUGUUUCAUCUCCUGAUUUAGCCAAAGAAAUAAUGAAAACACAUGAUCUUUCUUUUGUUAAUAGGCCACAACUUCUUUGCCCUAAAAUAUUAGACUAUGAAUCAACCGAUAUCGCGUUUGCUCUAUACGGUGAUUAUUGGAGACAUAUGAGAAAAAUAUGUACAUCAGAGCUUCUUAGUGCAAAAAGGGUUCAAUCUCUUUGUUCCAUUAGAGAAGACGAGGUUGAAAAGUUUAUACAAUCCAUUCAUCAUUUCUCAGUUUCUUCUCAACCACUUGAUCUUACGAAAACGGUAAAAAGUAUCGCCAUAAUAAGCAUUAACUAUUAG